UCCUCUGUGCCCCUACAGCGCCAGCAGGAAGAGCACCUUACAGGGCCACGUCUUCAAUAUCCACCAGAAGAGAUGGCCUAUGGAUCCAUCCCAGGAUAUUCCGGGAUCGUGAAAGAAAAAUUCGUUUUUCGGAAUCCGUCAUCCAAUGACGUGUGUUGGAUUUUUACUGUUUACGACGCUGCGUCGGCGUCUUUGUCGUCCGAUUACAGUGGGUUCGAUGACACACCUGAUCCUCGUGCCAGGCCGCGCCUCCGGCAGCCCCUGGAAGUUGUACCGAAGAGCGGCUGGACUAUAAAAGAAUUAAUUUGUCCGUAUUGUAGUAAAUGCUUCGGGGGCAAGUCUGAUCUGGAGCGCCAUCUGCGCACUCAUACCGGCGAACGUCCAUUUAAGUGCACGAUGUGUACUUACAGUGCCUCAAGAAAACACACGCUCUCCUACCACAUGAAAAGCAGACAUCAAGCCUUACUGGACCCAUCUUAGUGAUACGGGAUUGAUUUCAACAUUAAAUGGAAUUUAAAUAUUGUACCAACUUUCCGAAAAAUAUCCUAGACGAAAGAUUAGAAACAUCUUCUUGGCUGCAUCAUCAAGGAAAAAUUUGUGCGUAGGGCAUAAGCAACAGAAUUGCUAAAAUAUCAAAUUCAGAAGAUAAAACUUGUGCGUUCUUC